AAGAAAACGCGAACUCAUUAGUCCUCCAAAAAACAAAAAACAAAAAAGGUAAAAAUAGAAAUCUUCCCAAUGAAGUUGCAGUACUUCAAUAAAAAGAAAGGUCCAUUGAGCACAAACUUUAAAUGAGUACCUGGUGGAAAUGAUUCAAACACUCCUGACAUAUUCGGAGGAUAGAAGAAGAAAGUGUCGCUCUGGAGUCAGUCGGCAGUCAGUCGGCUUUUAACAGCUGACUCAGAGCCAUAGAAGAACGAGAGGGAAGAGCGGACACGUGCUGCCUGUUUUUCACAACAGAGCAUGUAUGGUUGCCUCUAAAAAAUUAGGAUUCCCUGGAGGAUUUCCUAAACGACCAAAGGAGGACAUGAACAUGGAUUUACUUCCGGGGCUCAAGGAAUAGUCUCAACUCAGGCAAGCAAAGCAAGCGGAUAAACCUGUAGUCUGACUUAAAGGUUUUGAGUGCAGGGGAAUCGAAUCUUGAACUCACAAGUGACCUUUUACCAAAACCAGAAAAAUUCCAACAGAAUGCCUGAACGAGUGAGCAACUUCCAGGGUCAGAGCUUUCACAAGCUGAGGCGGGCCUGCCUGCGUCGAGGCGCGCUCUUCACGGAUCCCCUGUUCCCCGCCACAGCCCAGUCCCUGUUUUACAAAAGGGAACCCCCGCCGGGACUGACCUGGAAGAGGCCGAGGGAAAUAUGUAAGGACCCUCGUCUUUUUGUUGACGGCAUCAGCACUCGUGACCUGCACCAAGGCAGUCUGGGUAACUGCUGGAUGGUGGCUGCCAUUUCCUGCCUAGCAUCUGAGCCGUCUCUGUGGAAGAAGGUCAUCCCUGACCACGUGGAACAGGAGUGGAACCCAAAACGUCCUGACUUAUAUGCGGGAAUUUUCCAUUUCCGGUUCUGGCGCUCCGGCCGUUGGAUGGACGUGGUUGUGGAUGACCGUCUGCCGGUCAGCGGGGAUGGUGUGCUGCUCUUCUGCCGCUCAGCUACACCACGGGAGUUUUGGAGUGCCCUGUUGGAGAAGGCCUACGCCAAGGUAAAUGGCUGCUAUGAGGCCCUGGAGGGAGGUAACACUGCAGAGGCCCUGAUUGACUUCACUGGGGGAGUUUCGGAGCCCCUCAGUCUGGAUCGUGAGGCCCUCAGCCUACACAGCGACCGCAGGAGGAUCUUCUUCCAGACGUUAGCCAAGGCGCACGAAAGCAAAGCCCUCAUCACCUGCUCCAUACGGCCGGUAGAGGGGGAGACAGUGGAGUCGGUGUUGGACUGUGGCUUGGUGCGCGGACACGCGUAUGGGAUCACAGCUGUGAGGAAGGUGAGGCUGGGGAAGAAGUUGUUGAAGACGGGCGGGAUAUCCAGGCUCUUCAUGGUGCGCAUGAGGAACCCAUGGGGGACCACAGAUUGGACGGGUGCCUGGAGUCAGAGGUCACAGCAGUGGCAACAGAUGAGUCGUGCAGAGAGGGAGAAGAUGGGCCUCGUUGUUCGAGACGUUGGGGAGUUCUGGAUGGAUUUCGAGGAUUUCUGUCACUACUUCACAGAUGUGGUGGUGUGCCGCCUGGUGGAGAGAGCUCUGUUGUGGCCGAGCUCCCACUGGAGAGAAGUGCGCCGCCACGGGGAGUGGGCUCCGGCUCCCACCACCCCUGGAUCACCGCCAUCCACCGUCCUCCACGGCAACUAUGCACUGACCCUCGGCAAGAACAACGUCAAACCCGGAGGGACCAAGCAGCGAGGGAACCGAAAGGAGGCCCGUCUCGGGGAGAGUCAGCAGGAGAGACGGAAAAGGGGAAGGUGUGAUCGAGAUAAGGCUGUGAAAAAAGUGAUGAGGGAAGAUGAUGAUGGGGAGGGGAACAGAGGAUGGGAGGCCCAGGUUGAUAAGAGGAGUCGAUGUGGAGGAUGCAUCAACCAUAGAGAGACUUUCCUGCACAAUCCACAGUUUAUGUUUGAGGUCAGAGGCAAAGAGGAGGAGGUGAUGAUCUGUCUGCAGCAGGAGGACAGGAGGAUACGGAGGAGAGACGGAGGAGGAGAAAACCUGCCUAUCGGCUUUGAGGUGCUGAAGGUAGAGGUGAACCGCUGCAGCCGGGUGCAGUGCGUGGUGGAGCAGGCGGCCAGCUCCGUCUACAUGGACUCCCGCAGUGUAACAUUGAGGGCAACCCUGGGUCCAGGCCGCUACGUCGUGCUGCCCACCACAUUCCUGCCAGGCGCAACCGGACGCUUCUUACUACGACUCUUCUCCCAUUCCCACGUCAGACUCAGGGAAUUGAGGGAGGAUUUGCCGUCUCCUUCUGUGUUCCAGUGUUUUCUACCUCAACCUACAGUGGUAACCACAGUCCAUCUCCGCAGGGCGUCGGGACUCAGCCCUCCCAAACAGAGAGCCCCAGAUGUUUAUGCCAUAGUGCGAUGUGAGAACGACACCGUCAGGACGCGGGUGUUCAAGGCGGAGGGAAACCCAGAGUUCAACCUCAGGACCAUCUUCUACAGGAGAUACCCCAGCGCCCACAUCUCUAUCGAGCUAUGGAGCAGGGGUCCGCUGUGGGACUCGCUGCUUGGCGUGGCUCGACUCCAGACGGCGGAGUCUGAGAGGACUCGGAGCCACGUGCUUGAUCUACGCGGCGGCCGAUCCUGUUCAGGGCACCGCGGUUGCAUCAGUGUUGAGACGUCCUCCAGCGUCUACCUCACAGACUUGUGACGGCAUCGUCUGGUUGCCCAGAUUACUGCAUCAAGCCAUGGCGACCGCUGUCCUCCCUGGUGGAAAACUUCAGGGACAUAAUUUAUGUUGGACAGACCCAUAAAAAAAAUUGUCUUUUAACAAAGGUGCUGUAGUUGCAUUGACAAACUUUGCAUUUACAAGCGUACUGUGUAUAUCAAACCAAACUGAGCAAAUAUUGUCUGAGCACUCUGACAGUCAAGAAUAAAUGCAGUCUCUAUUAUUUAAUAGAUGUGUGCUCAUGUGUACCUGCUGGUCAGAUAUACAGGUGGGCAUCCUUCAUGACUUCAGCAGUUUCACAGAAAAAGUGAAA